UUGCGCGUGUUGCCCGCCGUCUGCGCAUCGCCACAGCACCAUGCGAGCAGGGGAGACGCGCCCGGUGCCAUGCUGAACAACUCUCCAACUCUGCUGCUGGCUCUGACCGCCGUGGCCGCUCUCCUCCCGCCAUGCCGGGGCUGGAGCGACGAAGACCUCCUCCUGCCGCCCAUCAACUCCUCCAACAGGUUCCUGGCCAACCUGGAGGUGGACGUGCGCUUCUCCAAGCGGUCCGUGGACGAGAGUGAAGCGUCGCCCGACGCCUCGCCCCUGCAGACCACCGGUCCCACUCAGUUCCAGUGCAACGUGAGCGUCCACAGACUGCUGCCCACCUCGCUGGUGGCCCGCUGGGACAGCAGCUUCGGCUUCCAGUGCGACGUGCUCAUCUACACCACCAAUAACCACGGCAGGGCGUUCUUCUCCGCCUCCUUCAACCGGGCCAUCUCGCCCGUGGUCAUCGAGCACCUCGGGGUCACGGGAGGUCAGCAGGAGUUGAGACUGUGCGUGGGGUGCGGGAUGUCCCGGUACCGGAGGUUCGGUCAGGGGAAACUGAGGGGCCAGCAGAGCGGGGACCAGGUCACUUUCUGCUGCGUGGAUUUCAGCCUCGACGAGCUGAAGGGGGACAAAAGUUGGAGGCUGAACAGAAAGCCCAUCGAGUCUACACUUGUGGCUUGCUUCAUGACUCUGGUUAUCAUCGUGUGGAGUGUUGCUGCUCUCAUAUGGCCAGUCCCCAUCAUUGCAGGAUUUCUGCCUAACGGGAUGGAGCAGAGGAGACCGAGAUAA